AUGCCGUUUGUUUACAAGCCACAAGCUGCGGCCAUCAAGCCACCUCAAAUGGAUGAAUCUGGAAAUGCUUUUGGAGGAGACGUUGUUUCUACAAGCGACUCUGGCUCAACAACCCCCAUAUCCGCAGGUUUUUUCCGCAUUGAGAAAGGCAAACCAUGCGUCUUCACCUACGAGUUUGAUGAGGCGAAACACUUUAUCGAAGGAGAAUGUGAAGUCCAGGAUGAGACGGGUGCGACGGUAACGGCUAGGCCUGGUGACGUGAUGCUCUUCACCAAGGGGUCCACCAUCUCGUUUUCCACCGAGACGUACGCCCUGGCCUUUUUCUGUGACCAAAGGGCAAAGCUGUGA